AUGUGCUACGACCGCUACGUGUCCAUCUGCAAACCCCUGCACUACGGGACCCUCCUGGGCAGCAGAGCUUGUGCCCACAUGGCAGCAGCUGCCUGGGCCAGUGCCUUUCUCUAUGCUCUGCUGCACACAGCCAAUACAUUUUCCCUGCCCCUGUGCCAUGGCAAUGCCCUGGGCCAGUUCUUCUGUGAAAUCCCCCAGAUCCUCAAACUCUCCUGCUCCAAAUCCUACCUCAGGGAACUUGGUCUUCUUGCUGUUAGUGUGUGUUUGGUAUUUGGCUGUUUUGUGUUCAUUGUUUUCUCCUAUGUGCAGAUCUUCAGGGCUGUGCUGAGGAUCCCCUCUGAGCAGGGACGGCACAAAGCCUUUUCCACCUGCCUCCCUCACCUGGCCGUGGUCUCUCUGUUCCUCAGCACUGCCUUUUUUGCCUACCUGAAGCCCCCCUCCAUCUCCUCCCCAUCCCUGGAUCUGUCCCUGUCAGUUCUGUACUCAGUGGUGCCUCCAGCCCUGAACGCCCUCAUCUACAGCUUGAGGAACCAGGAGCUCAAGGCUGCACUGUGGACACUGAUGACUGGAAGGUUUUAG